AUGUCUAUCGAUAUUCGCAAGACCGACACGGGCACGGCUGAUGGCCGUAACGACAUGCUGGGAGGUCUGCGCCUCCGCAAUGAAGAGACCAACGAGAUAAUUCUCAUACCAACCCCAACGAAUGAUCCCAAUGAUCCACUCAACUGGUCCAAGCCAUACCGCUUCUACAUUGCCGUCCUCGUCUCGUGCGCCAUUUUCUUCAGCAACUUCCUGGCGGCUGGACCGUCUGUCGCCAUCGUCAGUACCACCGAGUCCUUCUUUGGUCCACCUGGUCCCGAUUUCAGUGCCCAGGUUUCCAAGAUCGCCUAUUUCUUCACCACCACUGCUCUUCUCCAGGGCAUGGGAAACCUGAUAUGGAUGCCCUUCGUUGCAAAGUUCGGCCGUCGACCUACCUAUGUUACGUCCUUUAUACUCUAUACAGCCGUCGCUGCUUGGGCUGGUGGUGCUACUACAUACGGCAGUGCUUUGGCUGCGCGUAUCCUCAUGGGCUUCGCCUCGGGCGUCGCUGAGUGUCUCGCCCCUUUGACUAUCUCGGACUUGUUCUUCUUGCACGAGAGAGGUGCCGCCAUGGCUAUAUAUACCACUGCACUAUCCGCUGGUGUAGGUGCUGGAAUCAUUGUUGCUGGACUCAUUACCAUCAAUCUGAGCUGGCGGUAUAUCUACUGGGUAUCGGUGGCCUUGAUUGGAGUGUGUACCAUUCUCAUCAUCUUCACAUUCCCUGAGACCGUCUACAACCGUCAGGAGGUUACAGAAGGAACGCAUACGCAUAUCGUAACCAAUCGCAAGGAUCAGGAUGAGGAUAUUGAGAAGGUUCAGUUUGAUGAAGCCUCAGCAUCUGGGCACGUAUCUAAUGCGCCAGCCCAAAAGCGCACAUUUUGGCAAAAUAUGUCCCUGUACAGCGGUACACACACGAAAGAGUCCUUGCUCAAGCUGUUCUUCCGACCAGUUGUCCUCCUCACCCUCCCUCCUGUGCUUUGGGCUACCCUCGUCAUGUCUGUUACCAUCGGCUUCCUCGUUGCCAUCAGCUCCAACUUUGCUGUAGCUUUUAGCGCCACGUAUGGCUUCAAGCCGUGGCAAUCCGGCUUAUGCUUCAUCUCGUGUCCCAUAGGGGCUGGUGUCGGGGCAUUCUUUGGGGGUCACUUUAGUGAUAAGGUGGCGGAUCGGCUCACUCGGAAGAAUGGUGGUAUUCGAGAGCCAGAGAUGCGACUCCCUGCUAUUCUCAUCUCGCUUGUGGUCGCGCCGCUGUCACUGGUUCUAUAUGGUGUAGGCAUCGACCGCAACUGGCACUGGAUUGUUCCUACCCUUGGUCUGGGUCUCUUGAACAUGGCAAUCGUUCAAGCUACCAACGUUAGCUUGGUCUACACAAUUGACAGCUACCGUCCCGUUGCAGGAGAGUUAGCAGUCACGCAGCUGGCGUUCAAGUCUGCUUUCGGUUUUCUCCUCUCUUUCUACACGAAUCCAUGGAUUGAUAAGAGUGGAUAUGCAAAUGCAUUUGGUGCUAUGGCUGGAAUCUCAGGGGCUGUUAUUCUGUGCUGGGUGCCUAUCUAUAUUUGGGGUCGAAGGAUUCGCCAUGCUACAUGGAGCUGGGGCUACAUUGAGAAAUUUGUUCACUGGAAUGUGGAUCGUGAGGUGGGCGAGUAG